GAGCCCGGUGCUGGCGUCCAGCAGCCCCUGCCCAGCCGAGCUCCGACAGCACGACCCUGCGGAGGGGUAAGAGCGCCCCCGCCCACCCCUCCUCUGUCGCCGGCUCUCCCCCGCCACCUCCACCCCAGUCCCUGCCCCGCGCCCAUCCCAACCCUCCCGGUCUGGCACCCGGAAGCCAUCGCGAGGAGGGCCGUGGCCGGGCUCAGCCCCGCGCUGCCCCCAGGCGGCCAGGAGGAGAUGGCCCAGGGGAGCUGGGGGCGGGAAGUCCCUCUUACCACCCGGGCCGAGGGCUGGUACCCGCCCCCAAGCCCAGACAUGGAGGAGCUGCUCCGGAGCGUGGAGAGGGACCUGAACAUCGAUUCCCGGCAGCUGGCUCCUGCCCCGGGGGGCACCCACGUGGUGGCCCUAGUGCCCUCGCGCUGGCUGGCCAGUCUCCGCGAGCGCCGGCUGCCCCUGGGACCCUGCCCGCGGGCAGAGAGCCUGGGCGAAGCGGAAGUCGGGACUCUCCUGCAACGCUCCGUGCAGAGGCUGCCCCCGGGCUGGACUCGCGUGGAGGUGCACGGGCUGAGGAAACAGAGAUUGUCCUAUCCGCUGGGCGGGCGCCUGCCCUUGGAGGAGGGAUCCUGCAGCCCUGAGACCCUCACUCGCUUCAUGCAGGAGGUGGCUGCCCAGAACUAUCGCAACCUGUGGCGCCACGCAUACCACAUUUACGGGCAGCCCUACAGUCAUAGCCCUGCCCCUUCAGCUGCGCCCGCCCUGGACUCUGUAAGACAGGCUCUGCAGAGGGUCUAUGGUUGCCCCUUUCUGCCAGUGGGUGACGCUUCUCAAUGCCUGUCAUAUGCCAGAGAUGGCCCCUGUCCCCCUCGGGGCAGCCCUGCCUGCCCCAGUCUUUUGCGAGCUGAGGCCCUGCUGGAGUCGCCAGAGAUGUUAUAUGUGGUACACCCUUAUGUGCAGUUCUCCCUGCAUGAUGUGGUCACCUUCAGCCCUGCCAAGCUGACCAACAGCCAAGCCAAGGUGCUCUUCAUUCUCUUCCGUGUGCUGAGGGCCAUGGAUGCCUGUCACCGCCAGGGACUGGCCUGUGGGGCCCUGUCUUUGCACCACAUCGCUGUAGAUGAGAAACUUUGCAGUGAGCUCCGACUGGACCUGAGUGCUUAUGAGAGGCCCAAAGAGGAUGAGAAUGAGGAGGCCUCUGUAGUAGGGGAUGGAACUGGCAUGAAGUCUAGUGAGGAGGGUGGUGGGGGCCCUGGGCUUCUCACCUGCCAGGAAGAACUUAGGGGCCUUGUGUUAGAUUGGGUCCACGGCCGCAUCAGCAACUUCUACUACCUCAUGCAGCUGAAUCGGUUGGCAGGUCGGCGGCAGGGGGAUCCCAACUACCACCCGGUGCUGCCCUGGGUGGUGGACUUUACCACACCCCACGGGCGCUUCCGAGACCUGCGCAAAUCUAAGUUCCGCCUCAACAAGGGGGAUAAGCAACUGGACUUCACAUAUGAGAUGACACGGCAGGCUUUUGUAGCAGGUGGUGCGGGUGGCGGGGAGCCACCUCACGUUCCUCACCACAUCUCAGACGUGCUCUCAGACAUCACAUACUAUGUGUACAAAGCUCGGCGCACUCCCCGGUCGGUGCUCUGUGGACAUGUCCGAGCGCAAUGGGAGCCCCAUGAGUAUCCGGCUAGCAUGGAGCGUAUGCAGAACUGGACCCCUGAUGAGUGUAUCCCCGAGUUCUACACUGAUCCCUCCAUCUUCUGCUCCAUCCACCCUGACAUGCCUGACCUGGACGUGCCAUCCUGGUGCAGUUCCAGCGAAGAGUUUGUGGCUGCCCACCGAGCGCUGCUGGAGAGCCGUGAGGUGUCCCAGGACCUGCACCACUGGAUUGACCUCACCUUUGGCUACAAACUCCAGGGCAAGGAGGCUGUAAAGGAGAAGAAUGUGUGUCUGCACCUGGUGGAUGCGCACACUCACCUGACCAGCUACGGUGUGGUGCAGCUCUUCGAUCAGCCACACCCCCGGCGGCUGGCUGGGGCCCCUGCCCUUGCCCCUGAGCCUCCGCUUAUCCCCAGGCUAUUGGUCCAGACCAUCCAGGAGACCACAGGCCGAGAGGACUUCCCAGGACAGCUUCCAAAUGGGGUGGGUCAGCUGGUUUUAGAGGCCAUGCCCUGUGAGGCCAGCUGGACCAGAGACAGGCCUGUGGCAGGGGAAGAUGACUUGGAGCAGGCCACAGAAGCUCUGGAUUCCAUUUCCCUUGCUGGGAAAGCAGGUGACCAGCUGGGCUCCUCCAGUCAAGCCUCCCCUGGCCUCCUGCCUUUCUCAGUGGCCUCAGCUUCCCGAACAGGCCGCAGGAAUAAAGCCACUGGGGCGGAGCCUGGGGAGGGCGAGGAGGGGAAGAUCCUUCUUCCUGAGGGCUUCAAUCCGGUGCAGGCUCUAGAAGAGCUAGAGAAAAUGGGCAACUUCCUCGCCAAAGGCCUAGGGGGCUGCUUGGAGGUGCCUGAGCAGCCCCAGGUCCAGCCAGCUGUGCAGCUGCAGGACCUCUUCCAUCGGGACAUGCAGGCACUAGGUGUCCUGUUGGCUGAAAUGGUGUUUGCCACAAGGGUCCGGACACUGCAGCCUGAUGCACCUUUGUGGGUACGUUUCAAGGCCGUUCGGGGGCUCUGUACACGCCACCCCAAGGAGGUCCCUGUGUCUUUGCAGCCUGUGCUGGACACACUCCUGCAGCUGAGUGGAUCUGAAGGCCCCAUGGUAGCAGAGAGGGGCAAGCUGAACCCCCUGUUUGAGUAUAGGCCCGUCUCCCAGGGAUUGCCCCCACCCUGCCCAGGCCAGCUCCUCAGCCCCUUCAGCUCCAUGGUUCCCUUCCCUCCAUACUUCCCGGCGCUGCACAAGUUCAUCCUCCUGUACCAGGCGAGGCGUGUGGAAGACGAGGCCCAGGGACGGGAGCUGGUGUUUGCUCUGUGGCAGCAACUGGGCACAGUGCUGAAUGACAUUACCCCGGAGGGCCUGGAGAUCCUGCUGCCCUUCGUGCUGUCACUCAUGUCCGAGGAACACACGGCUGUGUACACAGCCUGGUACCUAUUUGAGCCUGUUGCUAAGGCACUGGGCCCCAGAAAUGCCAAUAAGUACCUCCUGAAGCCCCUCAUUGGUGCCUAUGAGAGCCCCUGCCAGCUACAUGGCCGCUUCUACCUGUACACUGACUGCUUUGUGGCCCAGCUGAUAGUGCGGCUGGGCCUGCAGGCCUUUCUCGUCCACCUGCUGCCCCACGUCCUGCAGGUGCUGGCUGGUGUGGAGGCUUCCCUGGAGGAAAGCAAGGGUCUGGUGGGGGCCACCGAGGAUGAGGAAAGUGGGCUCCCAGGGACUGGGCCUGGCUCCUGUGCCUUUGGGGAGGAGAUUCCGAUGGAUGGGGAGCCUUCGGCCUCCUCGGGCCUGGAGCUCCCAGACUACACGUCUGGCGUCAGCUUCCACGACCAGGCCGACCUCCCUGAGACAGAGGACUUCCAAGCUGGGCUCUACGUGGCUGAGUCCCUGCAGCCCCAGGAGGCUGAGGCUGUGAGCCUGGGCCGGCUGAGUGACAAGAGCAGUGCCAGCGAACCCUCCCUGGGCGAGGAGCGGGCUGCAGACGAGGGGGGUGCACCUGUGGACAAGAGCAGCCUCAGGUCAGGUGACAGCAGCCAGGACUUGAAGCAAAGCGAGGGCUCAGAGGAAGACGAGGAGGAGGAGGAAGGCUGCGUGGUGUUGGAGGAGGAGGAGGGGGAACAGGACGAGGUCACCGUGGCUUCUGAGCUGACUCUGUCUGACACAGUGCUGUCCAUGGAGACAGUUGUGGCCGGUGGCAGUGGGGGAGAUGGGGAGGAAGAGGAGGAGCCGCUGCCUGAGCAGUCUGAAGGCAAAGAGCAGAAGAUCCUGCUUGAUACAGCCUGCAAGAUGGUCCGCUGGCUGUCUGCCAAGCUCGGCCCCACAGUGGCCUCUCGCCACGUGGCCCGGAACCUGCUCCGCCUGCUGACAUCUUGUUAUGUUGGGCCCACUCGGCAGCAGUUCACAGUGAGCAGUGGCGAGAGUCCCCCGUUGAGUGCCAGCAACAUCUACCAGAAGAGGCCGGUACUGGGGGAUAUAGUUUCGGGCCCUGUGCUCAGCUGCCUCCUCCACAUCGCCCACCUGUACGGGGAGCCCGUCCUUACCUACCAGUACCUGCCUUACAUCAGCUACCUGGUGGCCCCAGGUAGCACCCCAGGCCCCAGCCGACUGAACAGCCGUAAGGAGGCGGGGUUGCUGGCUGCGGUGACACUGACGCAGAAGAUCAUCGUGUACCUGUCAGACACCACGCUCAUGGACAUCCUGCCCCGGAUCAGCCAUGAGGUCUUGCUGCCUGUGCUUGGCUUCCUCACUUCCCUCGUCACGGGGUUCCCAAGUGGGGCCCAGGCCCGGACUGUCCUGUGUGUGAAAACCAUCAGCCUCAUUGCCCUCAUCUGCCUGCGCAUCGGACAGGAAAUGGUCCAGCAGCACCUGAGCGAGCCCGUGGCCACCUUCUUUCAAGUCUUCUCUCAGCUGCACGAGCUUCGGCACCAGGAUCUGAAGCUGGGUCCCGCAGGCCGCAGUGAAGGUCAGCUGCCAGAGGUGGCCUUCUCUGAUGGGCAGCAGCGGCCGGUGGACCCCACCCUGCUGGACGAGCUGCAGAAGGUGUUCACCUUGGAGAUGGCGUACACAGUCUACGUGCCCUUCUCCUGCCUGUUGGGUGACAUCAUCCGGAAAAUCAUCCCCAACCAUGAGCUGGUUGGGGAGCUGGCAGGGCUAUAUUUGGAGAGCGUCAGCCCAAGCAGUCGCAACCCUGCCGGCAUGGAGCCCUCCAUGCCCAGCACCAGCCCUGAGUGGGACUCCCAGGGUGGGGGCUGCCCCCAGGAUGACGGCCACUCAGGGACAUUUGGGAGUGUCCUGGUGGGGAAUCGCAUCCAGAUCCCCAAUGACUCUCAGCCCGAGAACCCCGGACCACUGGGCCCCAUCUCGGGGCUGGGUGGCGGAGGCCUUGGCAGCGGGAGCGAGGACAACGCCCUGAAGCGGGAACUUCCACGGAGCGCCCACGGGCUCAGCGGGAACUGGCUGGCGUACUGGCAGUACGAGAUUGGCGUGAGCCAGCAGGACGCGCACUUUCACUUCCACCAGAUCCGCUUGCAGAGCUUCCCAGGCCACUCGGGGGCUGUCAAGUGUGUGGCACCCCUGAGCAGUGAGGACUUCUUUCUGAGUGGCAGCAAGGAUCGUACUGUGCGCCUCUGGCCACUGUACAACUAUGGGGAUGGUACCAGUGAGACAGCCCCGCGCCUUGUCUAUGGCCAGCACCGCAAGAGUGUCUUCUACGUGGGCCAGCUUGAGGCCCCGCAGCACGUGGUGAGCUGUGACGGGGCCGUGCACGUCUGGGACCCCUUCACAGGGAAGACCCUUCGCACCGUGGAGCCGUUGGACAGCCGGGUGCCCCUCACUGCUGUGGCUGUCAUGCCUGCCCCCCAUACCAGCAUCACCAUGGCCAGCUCUGACUCUACCCUGCGCUUUGUGGACUGCAGGAAGCCUGGCCUGCAGCACGAGUUCCGCUUGGGCGGUGGGCUGAAUCCUGGCCUUGUCCGCUCCUUGGCGGUCAGCCCCAGUGGCCGUAGCGUUGUGGCUGGCUUCUCCUCGGGCUUCAUGGUGCUCCUGGACACCCGCACGGGCCUAGUGCUGCGAGGCUGGCCAGCCCACGAGGGGGACAUCCUGCAGAUCAAGGCGGUGGAGGGCAGUGUCCUGGUCAGCUCCUCCUCUGACCACUCCUUGACUGUCUGGAAGGAACUGGAGCAGAAGCCCACGCACCACUACAAGUCAGCAUCCGACCCCAUCCACACCUUUGACCUAUACGGCAGCGAGGUGGUCACUGGCACCGUGGCCAACAAGAUUGGCGUCUGCUCCCUGCUGGAGCCACCCUCCCAAGCCACCACCAAGCUCAGCUCUGAGAACUUCCGCGGCACGCUUACCAGCCUGGCCUUGCUGCCCACCAAACGCCACCUCUUGCUGGGCUCAGACAAUGGGGUCAUCCGCCUCCUGGCAUAGGCUGGGCAGGGGCAGGCAGACAUCCCCUGGGAGCCCAUCCCCUCACCCUUGUUCCCCUAGCAGCUCCCUCCAGGCAGGCCCCAGGCCUCACACCCUGUGUACCCACAUGGCCUGCCCACUAGGGUCUCCAGCUGGGGUUGGGGGGUCCUGGCCCCUGAAUUCCCAGAGCCACCAAGGUUGCCAGAAGGGCUCUCAUUCAUGGCUUGGGGACAUGCUGCUCCAAGCCAGCAGGAAGUAAGAUGGAGAGCAGGAAGAAGCAUCACAGCCCUCACUUCUCCCCACCUGUACUGUCCGGGUCCACAUGGGGGCAGGGAAACUCCGGGAAGGGGAAGGGAGACUGGCUCUGCCCAGCCAGUCUCUAGCCAACUUCCACACCACCCACUUCUCGUUGAGCUUUCUCUGCCCCUGGCCCUCAAGGACAGGGAAGCUGCCCUAGUCCAGGGCACUGAUGGUGCUUGGACUCUAGCCUAAGGAGGGCUGGCCAUAGUCCAGGAGUUAAGGGCCUUGGUCUGGGGUUUAAGUGUCCACCAGCCAGGCCCUGCCCAGUGUAGGACCAGGAGGGAAUAAAGGUUAGGACCAGGGGAGAGGAGGUGAGCUGGCCAGUUGGUGCCUGCCAGGAGUGACUCCAUGCCUUGCCUGCCCAUCUCUAACCACAGUGUUUGUGCCUUGAGCUGAGGAGGCAGCCCCUGGGCCCAGAACCCCUGAGAGAAGGGGUGAGAAGAAUCAUCCUGCAUCUCAGGUCCCUGCCAGGAUCCUCACGUUCUGGAACAGAAAUGAGAUCUGAGGGUUGGCUCUGGCUGCCUCCUCACUAUUUGCAAUAGAUGUAAAUACAACCAAUAAAUCCUUUGGAAGAGCCAUGG